AGCCCCGUCUCUCAAAUAUGUGGGACUCGAGCGCCCAAGCUGGGCUUUUUCCCCACGGCUUUCCCCGCAGCUCCUCCAGCGCCCUCUCCCUGCGCGCAGGCGCGCAGCCUAGGAUAAGGCUGGUCUGAGAGGACGCGCACGGAGCAGGCGGGCAGGCGGGCAGCGAGCACACGGCGGGGGAGGAAGGGUGUGACAAGUUUGUAAUCUGUUGGUUCUGGACGUGGACGUGCUAUGGCGCUGUGCCUGCGGUCACGGUAAACGCAGCACAGUGCAGUGUGGCAUUCUUCAAGAGCUUCCCUGCAGCUAGGAAACAAACCAGCGUGAUUCAGGACUGUACACUACACAGCAGCAACGGGCAGCAGUAAUGGGCUUAUUUUAAACUAAAACAUUCUUUUUUUAAUCUCUUUGUGCUCUUGGAUGAUUUUCAUGAGUUGAUUCACCCCUAAAAAUGAUCAAGAGUGAACCUAAAAGUGAGCGGGUGCUACGAAGCGCCUCACCUCACAGAAAUGCGUACAAGUCAGACUUCCACUCAAUCAAAUGCUCCUUUGAGGGCCCAUCUGUCCCUUACUCCAAUGGAAGCAGUGAGACGAGAGGCAGACCCUCGGGGAGCCGGGUGAACAAAAUCAAAAACAUCUUCCUUCAAAUGGAUGGCCAGCAGCCUCAAGAAGCCUCAGUUGUCACCAAACCUGGGCCAGCCAAAUUCCAGCGAGGCUCCACAUCGGGCAGAUCUAGUAUGAGCAGCGUCUCCAGCAUGGAAUCUGCCACCUUGGAGACAACCCGAAAGGUGGAGGACAUCUCGUUUGACAAAGUGGCAUUGGCUGAGAAGUUCUCUGUGACCAGAAAGCUUUUUGAGAGUGGCCUUAAAGAUCAGUUUCCCACAGAGAGAGCUGCACCCGUCAGGAUCAUCAGCCGAUCUUCUGUGUGCAGUGUUUCGGAAGAGGGGAGAUGUGUAAGUAAGUUAUCAGAGAAAAAAGACGAUGCUCUGAUAACAAAAGAACAGCCGGAGAGAUGGGGGAGUGACAGUGAGACUCCCCUUCGCAAGCCUGGGGAGAUGGUGAAGAAUGCAGGACCCAUAUCCCGGAGACUGGAAAGCUUCAUGUUGGACAGCGACAGCGAGUCCCUGUCUGGUCCAUCUGUCUCAACUCGUUCACAGAGUCCAAGCAGUCAUUCCCAACCACCAUCCUCCCCGAGGGGUGAACAUUCAGACCCUCCUUCAUCCCCAGAUAGUGCCAGUUCUCCUUCGGCUUACUCGCUCUGGCCUGAAAGCCCUUCGAGCCAGGCAGUUGCAUGUUCACAUCAGUUAAGCAGCUUAACAUCACACAGUGACCCUCAGCAGCUGAUCACUCCAGUGAAUGGAGUUUGUGUGGAGGGGUCCCCUGAUUGGAGUGCCCGUAGUGCUGACCAUGCUAACGAAUCCUCUGUGUCCAUUCUUGCAACAGAACCAACUGUUCUGUUUAAGAGUGAAAAGAGCCAUCGAUUGUCUUUGGGCAGUGCUCCUGCCAGUCCUACUGGACAUGGAGCCGAGGAGUGUUCAGAGAUCUCAAGAGGGAAGCAAGAUAAACCUGGAGCCCCAGGUCUGGCCACGGUCAGAGCUGAGCUGGUGGUGGUCCAGAACGAAUCCUCAGAAAGUGAAGCCAAUGAGGAGGAUCGCAUUGAGGAUGAUGUUUUUGAGGAUGUCACCAGCAAUCACCUUUCAGAAAAGAACCUGAUUAGUAGCAAAGAGUUCCAAGAUACGUUCCAGGAGAAGGAAUCAGGGAGGAGCUUUGGUCAAGGGGAGGAGAAAAGGAGGGAGGAACCCACUCAGGACGUAGGAGGCGAGGAUCAGCAAAGCAAAGAAAAGUUAGCUGAGGAGGAAGGUAUGCAGAAAAAGAAGGGAGAAGAAGAAGAAGAAGAGGAGGAGGAGGAGGAGGAGGAGGAAGACAACACGGGGCAAGUAGUAGAAGACAGGAAUGAGGAAGAGCAAGUGCAGCAACAGCCAGAUCUACAGAUUGAGAUGAAAGAGUGUGAACAGAAUGUGAGGGAAGUGGAGGAGAGCAACAUGGAGGACGAACGGAGGGAAAAAGAGGAGGAUGAGGAAGAAGAUGACGUUGUGGAAGAGGCUGUUGAAGCUUUAGAGGAUGAGGAGGAUGAACAUGAAGAGAGGCAACAGCAAGUAAAUCAGGCUGGGAAAAGAUCUUUGAUAUGUGGCAUUGAAAAUGCCGCUUUCGUGGACGACCGAGAGAGUAAACCGGAUAUGGAAUACGAGGAAAAGAGAGAGCACCCUGGGCAAGAGCUGUUCCAGGAAUAUGAGGAGCUUCCAGGCCUCUCUGAUGAGGAAGUUACCAGCCCAUGGAGGAAGGUCAGGUUCUCUACCUCUCCUAUUAAGGUGUUCUGUACGUACUCUAACGAUGAGUAUGAUCGCAGGAAUGAAGAGGUGGACCCUGUGUCUGCCUCGGCUGAGUAUGAGCUGGAGAAGAGAGUGGAGAAGAUGAACGUCUUCCCUGUGGAAAUCCAGAAAGGACAAGAGGGGCUGGGGAUCAGCAUUAUAGGAAUGGGCGUUGGGGCUGACCAAGGCUUGGAAAAACUCGGCAUCUUUGUCAAAACCAUCACAGACAAUGGAGCAGCCCAGCGUGAUGGCCGCAUUAAGGUAAAUGAUCAGAUAGUGGAGGUGGAUGGAGUCAGUCUGGUUGGAGUCACUCAGGUGUUUGCUGCUACUGUACUGAAGAACACCAGAGGACUUGUGAAGUUUCUGAUUGGCCGGGAAAAGCCAGGGGUGGAGAGCGAAGUGGCUCGACUGAUCAGUGAAACUCUGGAGCAAGAAAAGAGCCCUCAAAAACAGGCCGACCAAGAAGAAGAUGUACCUCAGAAUGAGGAAGAAGAGCAUGAAGAGAAGACCCUCCAGCCUCAGGAUGCUCAGGCUGAAGAGCAGAUGCAACAGCACACUCAUAGAGAACAGUUGGAGCAGGAGGAACAUCAACAGCUACUGUCUGGAGAAACUAACAAGAGCACUGUGAAAGAGGAUAUUACAACACGGACAGAAGAGAAGGAGCAGGAGAAAGAGGAGGAUAUGACCUUUGAUCUGACCCAGGAGGUGUUUGAGCACCUGAAAAAUCAAGGCAUCGUCCUUCCGGAGGACGUGAAUCAUACCGAGCUGGACCAAAGAUUUAAAGAGCUACAAAUGAAGCACAAUGCGACUAUAUCUGAGGUGAAGCUGAUGAAGGAAAAGCUGCGAGUGUGUGAGGCGGACCGUUUGGCCUGGGAGGCUCGAGGAGCCGCUCUGGAGAAGAGUGUGGACGAAAGCAGAGACAGAGUGGAAAAGCUGGAGAAGUACUGGCUGGACGCUCAGGCACUCUGCAAGGCCAUCAACCAACGGCUGAAUGAAGCUCAGAGCCAGCACGAGGCGCUACAGGUCAAAUACGACAAGACUAAUGCGCUACUGCAGGAACACAAGCAGAGGGAGGCAGAGUUUGCGAAGAGAGAGGAGGAUUUGAAGAGACGACUGGAGGAGAGGGAGAGAGAUUACAGGAAGAGUGUGAGGAAGCUACAGGAACAGAUUGCUUGUCUAGAGGGUCGAGCAAGUUUAGGCCACCCCGAGGACUCCUGCAGCCCUGCAGGAGAAAGCCAGCACAGUAGCCCCUCAGGAUCCUCAGACAGGAACGGUCAGACUUCAGAUGACCAUCACGAUGAUGCAGAUUUAGGGGAGGCAGUACCACAGACUGAUCGUCUAGACUGCAGUGCUUACAGAGCCAAAGCCAGGCUCACCCAGGGAGUCCAGCGCAAGAGACCAUCUCGAAACAAACUUAGAGAGUCUGCCAAAAGCACCCAGUCCUCCAUUCAACCACAGGAACAAGAGGGUAUUAGUGAUAACAGUAUUGAAAGUAACCGAAGACACUCCUACCUGGAGAGCCUCUCUAUACCUGUACCCUCAGCACAGACCGAGGGCCAGAAAAGGCCUGGAGGAGGAGGUGAUGUGUCCAGCUCUCCUUCACUUCAGAGCCACACCCCUCAAGGAGGAGGCAGCACCAGGUCCAGCCUCUCCCCUCCUAAAGAUUCCUCUACACCUCACUCGCCCUCCUCCAGCCACUCCUCGUCCAGCCUGCUUCACAACCUCCGCAACAGGAGGUACAAGAAGAAGGAGAGCAGCCAGAGCAGGAAGCUCAAAGAUGAGGAGAGUGAUGGUUCAACCACAAGAAGAUCCAAGAGAAGAUUUCCAGAUUUUGGUGGUCUGCGCAGGUCGGGUGGGAAAGGCCGGAAACAGGAGAAAGACACCCUGCGGGGCUCUGUCGGGAGCAGGGGUUCUGCAGAGCUAGUGGACGAAUCCAGCAGAACUGCUUCUCCCUCGGACUCUGUCUCCUCCAUUCCCUCCUGCAUGCCCUUCUCCUGGUUUGGAGACAGAGAGAGGGAGCGAGAGAAGGAGCAGUCGCUGUCCAGCUACAGCCUGCCACACACUCCUUCAGAGGGACACAGGGAGGACGGAGAACGACAAAAUAAGACCAACCUGUCCUGGCCUUCUCGGCUCUCACAUUCCUUAGAUUUGAGUUUAUCUGUGACGGACGAGUUGAUCACCAGUAGCCCUCGCUCUGCGCUGGCGGCUUUACUGAGUGACCCUCGUGUUCGAGGGCGCUCGCGCAACCUCACCUUCUCCUCCUGCGAGACACUGGAUGAUGAGCCUGUUCCUGUUGUGAAGCAACACAUAUGGCAAAACCGGCCCCUAUCAGAGUGGACCAACCAGCAGGUGUGUCACUGGUUGAUGGGCAUGAACAUGGACCAGUACAUAGCCGAGUUCACAGCAAAGAGCGUGGAUGGCAAAAAGCUCAUGGAGUUGGACAGUAGAAGGCUUAAGGAGCUUGGAGUGUCUAGUCACAGAGAUCGCUCCACCAUCAAGAGGAAGCUGCGAGACAUGAAGAAGGCUCAGGAAAAGCUGGAGAAACAGCAAGUAAAAAAAGAGAAGGAGGCCGCGCGGAGCGGCGGGAGGCCUGGAAAACCUGAAUCGGCCUGCUGAAGUUGCCAUGGCAGCAGACAUCUCAGUACCCCACAACCCAACUAUUCAGGAGAUGGCCGUGCACACAGGGAUACAACACUGACCAUUUGAGCAGUUCCAGCAGUGCAUGAUUUGUGGUCAUUGGUGAAGCUGUGUGGGUUGUAGAUGAGUGGAGUUGACUGGAAGAAUACACAGACUGACCAUCACUUGAAGUCACUUCACAUGGAUUCUUCUGGUGUGCUCCCGCAGUUCCUCACAAUCAGGCACCUGCUGUAAAGGCCUCUGGUAUUAUUAUUAUUAUUAUUAUUAUUAUUAUUAUUGAUGUUUUUUAAUGAGCUUGCCCUUAGUUUUAUAUUUCAGGACAUAGUUAGUUCAUCCUUAGUCACUGUUGUUAUGCCUGACAGGCUUUAUAAAAAUUUGCCACAUUCUGAGGGGCAAAAACAUGUGACCACAUUUGCAUCACUAACAACAAAAACGACAUCUCAUGUGUCACCUGUGUCAUCAGUCUGAUUAGAAGGAAUGAGGUUCUGUACAGCUCGUCUAAUCUUGCACCACAAAAGACCACCUCUAUGGGUGGAGCCUGGAUAGAUCAGUCACCCUGCUGUUUUACAAUGGACAGUCUUUAGUUUGAGUUUCCAUGCAAAUGAACUUUUCCAGUGACCCAGUGCAUUUGCUCAGGCCCUCAGCACUCACCAGUAGCACUUACCAGUUGUACACACUAGAGGGCAGCAGGGCAAAUAAGCUGACUUGUGUAUCCCUGUCCAGUUGUUUUUCAUCAGAGCGGGUGUUCAGGCAGUAAUUUAGAGCAAGAAUGCAGAUCUGGGAUCCACUCUUGUGACCAUAAACGGGGAUGUCACCUGAUCCUAGAUCAGCAGUGUUAUUCAGAGAUGCACUGCAACUGUCAGUCCUGUUUUAAAGGAAUACAUCAGUCAAAAAGCUAAUGUUGCUAACAAUGAAUAAACUUGAAUACCCACAGUUUUGCAUUAUGCAAACACAGUCGUGCCAAUAUUUGUAGCUACGUCCUUGAGUUUUUUAAAAAUAGCCUGGCAUGACUGGCCAAGCUAAGAGGCAGUUACUAGUUUCCACUCACUGUUAGCUGUGUUAGCAUGAUUGGACAUGCUAAUUACUAGCCACUAGUUUACACUCACUACUGGCCAUGUUAGAUCGUUUGGUCAAGCUAAUUAGAAGCCACCAUCUCCCAUUCAUUGUUACCAAUGUUAGCACGAUUGAUCGAGCUGUUGGCUUCCAUUUGUAGUUAGCCAUCUUAACGUGUUUGUUGAGCUACUCUUCUAAACCUGACGUUGCUGCUAGUGCUCUGCACUUUAGCCUAGACACUCCUACUAACCACAGUCUAUCACUUUUAAUCUAUACAGUGCAUUAUAAAGCACACGAGCACACUAUGUAAAUGGAGUGUGCACUUAAGAGUGCACUUCACCUCCCCUACUGUAAUUUUUAAAGUAUUUUUAUCGCCUGCUGUACAUAACUUUCAUAAAUGAGUGCUGUAAAUGUGACGGGAAGAGAGGUCUUCGUUGUCUUUUGUAGCCGCAAAUGGCAACGAGUGACCGUUUUACUUGUGUAAUAAUAAAUAAAAGUAUUUUACAUUAACUGCCUAUUUUUUUUUUCAUUUAAUCAGAGAAGAUUGUGCAAUGUGUGUGUGUUGCUUCUGAUUUACGUUAAAGGGAAAUACGAACACAGUGGGCGUAAAGAAGAGGGUGCAUUGAUUAUAUAUAAUGAAUGAAUGUCUUAACACUUCAGCAAAAUCUGGUUCUUUUUUAUAGCAAAUACAUUCUGAUUUUUGUAGUCUUCCAUUUGUCUGUCACAACCACCACUGAGAGUUUUGAUAAGCUGGACCUGGCAAGUAAUUAAAUUCAUGACUAACAUAGUGUUUAUGACUGAGAAUAUGUUGGACUUUUGUCUGUAGGGAAUGUGAAUAAACAUGGCUUAACAAACAAAA